ACAACAUCACAACAACCCUGCUACAUGGGCAGGUGGCAUGGGUAAUAGCUGAAGAACAACUGAUGACAUCGCCGACAACUGGAACAGGUGCUGCUCAUAUCAUCAACUCUAGAAUUUUGGUCAAGUAGCUACUGGAAUUAGCAGGAAUGAUCGUAAGUUACGUUGUUACUUCAGCAUGACAUCCCGUGCGGACCAGAAUGAAGAAUGGGCCUCCUACGCCGGACCUGGUGGAUGGGACGAUCCUGACAUGCUUGAAGUUGGGAACGGUGGGAUGACUGAAGCAGAGUACCGCUCGCACUUCAGCGUCUGGGCACUUGCCAAGGCUCCUCUUCUGAUUGGGUGCGAUGUGCGCUCGAUGAGCCAGGCGACAAAGGGCAUAAUCAGCAACUCAGAGGUCAUCGCCGUCAACCAAGGCAAGUAUUAUCUUCCACUUACUUUCCCAAGAUGCCUUCUUCCAAUGGGAUUUCAGUGUACUCCAACAACAUUUUUUUUAAUAACAGACAGCCUAGGUGUCCAGGGAAAGAAGGUGCAAUCUAAUAAUGGUUUGGAGGUAUGGGCCGGUCCGCUCACCGGCAACAGAAAACCCGUGGUUCUAUGGAACAUGCAGGGGUACCAGGAAACCAUCACUGCAUAUUGGUCAAGCGUUGGGCUCCCUGCAUCCGCUGCCGUCACUGUCUACGAUCUAUGGGCGGUAAGCUCGCUUUCUUCAGAGCUCUUUGCCUUUUCUAAUAAUGCACUGCAGGUUCCAGCGUUUAUAAUAACAAUUUCCGUCUUCUCGUGCAACACUCGUCAUCCUCCGCUCAGGGGCAAAUAUCCGCCUCGGUGGUGCCUCAUGACUGCAAGAUGUACAGCCUGACACCAAAGUAAUUAUAUACGGAAGCAUAGACGAAGUCCGUAUUGGGGGUUACAUGCCAAGAUUCAUGAAAAGGGUUUGCAGUGAAGGAUCGGUAGAGCUGAAAUGAAAUUUGAGAGAUGCAAUUUGGUUAUUUGUGUACCGCUAGAAAUAAACUGUAGGUGUAUGUGAUGUGCUACAAAACGUCGGCGCAUUUGUUUCAGAACAAGUUUGCAAGUUGUAGCGAAAGUUUCAGCAA